CCCUAUUCCCUAUUCAUCCUCCAAAGGCCCUUAACGCUGAAUUGAAGGUGUUCUUAAUUCUAAUUUAUUUCUGUUUGCGAAGGGCCGGGAGGAGCGGAGCGCUGGCAGCGGGGCCGGACACGGAACCUGCCCAGGCAGGGGGAGCUGCCGCAGCGUGGGGAUCCCCAAGCGCCGCUCCCUGACACCGCUCGGGGGCUGCAGCCCGGGGGCGAAGCCUCCCCGCGCCGUGCGGGUUAAACAUCCCCCGCCGCGGGAGAUGAGCCCCCCCCAAGUCCCCGCUGGGGGGAAGGGUAAAUGGGGGCCGCUCUCCUGCAGCAGAAAGAGCCCGCCCGCCCCACGGGGCUCAGUCCCGGCAAAGGUGCGAAUGCCGGGGGCGGGUUGAGCGAGGGACGAGGCGAAGCGAGGUGUGCGCGGGGCAAGCCGCGACACCCAACAGCGCACAAGCGCCGGCCUCUUUUCAUCCUGUUACUUCUUGAAACAAUGACAGCAACAAAGGAGCGCCACGAAAGUGCCCGCGCCCAGAGGAGGUCGGAGACGCCGGUGCCCAUACGGGACGCCGACAGCUGUGCUGCUGCCGGCCCAGCAGCCAGACCGGGCACGCCAGGCUGCCCGGCGGGGCGGGAGCCGCGGAGGGAGCGGGGGCCGGGACAGAGCCGGGAGCGGAGUGCCGCCUCCGCUGCAAGACGCCGUCGGCGGGGGCAAAGGGCUCUGUGCCGCCGCAAGUCCCGGGUGCCCCCCGAGCUCGGAGCCCCCCGGACAGCGCUGGCGACCCGCUCCCAACAGGGGGCGGCCUCGCCCGGCGGCUCUGCCCUUCCGACGGCUCCUCCGCGCCCCGGCCCCGCUGCCAGCGCCCUCCCGGCUGCGCGCACCGCGCCGAGCUGCGAGGCGGCGGAGGCACCUGCGCCCGGGGCCGCGGGACAGCCCGGCCCUAACAGCCCGGCCCUUCUGCCCGCAGCAGCUGACAAGGUACCGCCAGAAACGACACCAAAAAAAAAAAAAAAAUCCCACAGUAAAAAAAAAAAAAAAAAAAAAAAAAAAAAAAAAAAAAAAGGAAAAGAAAAAAGCAGACUGCCCAGCAGCACGGAGCACUGGAGAUGGGGAGUGUGAGGCACCGUGUUCAACUUUG